AUGCCAAUCAUUGUGGAAGAUGCAGUACUACCUGCACCGGAAUUCAACCAGCCUGUUGCCUCGGAGGAUGUGCUGACUUAUUCUCAGAUCCUAAUCACUGUGGCGCCUGUCUUACAAUCCCGUGUCUUGGAGUCACUCCAGCAUGUUGCUCUGGAGCAUGUGCAGACCUCAGCUCUAGCUCUACUCAUUGUGGCAAGUGUAGUACCACUUGCCCGCCAACCGCCUCAACUUGCUGCUCUGGAAACUGCACAGAUCUUACCUCGAAUCCAACUCAUUGCGGUAGUUGCAAUUCUUUUCCAUGCCUUGGCCAAAUGCCCGCAUGUUGCAACAGCACAUGCACUGAUUUAG